CCUGAGACCCGCAAUGGACCUCGCGUAUAAACCCAGCCCACUUCCUCAUCGGCUGUCUCCCCGAUGUCUUCUACAGCAAAGCAGCCGUCGAUUCGGUCAUGGACGUCAAAGCAACGCCCUCAUCCCGGCCUGGAUCGGCGGUCGACGACACGGGCGAGGAUCAACAAUGGCACAAAACAGGCGAGGUGGAGGAACUGCACCGGAGAUAUCUCGAGGCGGGAUACAAGGAGCGGAAACUGGGGGUUACAUGGAAAGACCUGACUGUGAAGGUUGGGGCCGCCGAUGCUGCCAUCAACGAGAACUGUGUAUCCCAAUUCGACCUCCUGGGUCGUCUUCGCAAGCUGCGACGAAAGCCGCCACUGCAGACCAUCCUGCAUCAAAGCCAUGGCUGCGUAAAGCCUGGUGAGAUGUUGCUUGUCCUAGGACGCCCGGGCUCAGGAUGCACGACACUGCUGAAACUUCUUUCGAAUAAUCGCAGAGGCUUCCACGAGAUCAGCGGAGAUGUACGAUUUGGCUCGAUGGGACCCGAUGAAGCCAAGCAAUAUCGAGGGCAGAUCCUCAUGAACAGUGAAGAGGAGGUUUUCUUUCCAACUUUGCGCGUCGGAGACACGAUGAACUUUGCGACGCGAGCCAAAGUCCCUGCGAAUCUUCCUAGAGGUGUCGACUCCUCAGACGAGCAGUACAACGAGGCCACGCGGUUUCUGCUUGAAUCUCUUGGAAUUUCACAUACUGCCGACACGAAGGUGGGAAAUGAAUAUAUCCGUGGAGUAUCUGGUGGCGAGAGGAAGCGAGUUUCUAUCCUGGAAUGCCUUGCGUCUCGGGCCUCUACCUACUGCUGGGAUAAUAGCACCCGAGGGCUUGAUGCCAGUAAUGCACUGGAAUGGGCAAAGGCUAUACGAGCCAUGACGGAUGUUUACGGGUUAUCGACUAUCGUUACCCUUUACCAGGCUGGAAAUCACAUAUAUGACCUUUUCGACAAAGUCCUGGUCUUGGACGAGGGAAAGCAAAUAUACUAUGGCCCGCGAGAACAGGCACGCAGUUUUGUCGAGGAUCUAGGAUUUAUCUGCGACGACGGUGCGAAUGUCGCAGACUUUCUGACUGGUGUCACCGUGCCUACUGAACGCCACAUUCGACCUGGAUUUGAGGGCAUGUUUCCUCGAGACGCCACUUCUAUCCUGGCUCGUUAUCAACAGUCCGAAAUAUUCAAGGAUAUGGUGGCCGAGUACGAGUAUCCGACGACAGAGAUAGCGUACAAUCGAACAGUUGAAUUUCAGGAAAGCGUUGCCCUAGAGAAGUAUUCCAAGGGCGCUUAUACUGUCAGCUUUGCCUCGCAGGUGUGGGCAUGCGUGCUCCGUCAAUACCAAAUCAUCGGGGGAGAUCUGGUCACAUUCGGAAUGAAGCAGGGAGCAAAUCUCCUCCAGGCCUUAGUAGCUGGCUCAAUGUACUACAUGGCCCCCAAUGACUCGUCCGGUAUAUUCUUAAAAGGAGGCGCCCUCUUCUGGUCCGUCCUCUACAACAGCAUGACAGCCAUGUCAGAGGUUAUAGACUCCUUCACCGGCCGUCCUGUUAUCCUCAAGCAUAAAUCCUUUGGAUAUAUCCAGCCCGCAGCCAUCUGCGUUGCCCAAGUCGCAUCCGACAUCCCCCUAACCCUCCUCCAGGUCACCGUCUGGUCCCUAAUUGUCUACUUCAUGGUCGGCCUAACCUUCUCCCCAGCUGCAUUUUUCACAUACUUCAUAAUCCUCUUCGUGACAAACAUGGCCGCAUGCGCUCUCUUCCGCGCCGUCGGCGCAAUCCUAAACUCUUUCAACACCGCAGCCCAGAUCUCCGGAUACACCAUUAGUAUCAUGGCCAUGUACGCCGGAUACCAGAUCCACGCGACGCAGAUGCACCCCUGGUUCCACUGGAUCUACUGGCUCAACCCGAUCUCGUAUGGCUUCGAAGCGCUAAUGGGCAACGAGUUCCACCUCAAACAGCUACCGUGCACAGGGCCGAACCUGAUUCCUCAUGGCGAUGGCUAUGCCGAUGUAAGCCAGUACGCGUCCUGUGCUGGAGUUGGAGGCGCGCAGCAGGGGGCUACCUCCCUGACUGGGGAUGAGUAUCUCUCGUCUCUAUCGUAUAGCCAUGCGAAUGUCUGGCGGAACUUUGGUAUUGUGUGUGCGUGGUGGGUGUUUUACCUGACUAUUACUGUCAUUGGGGUGAUGAGGUGGAAGGAUAGUAGUGAGUCUGGGGAAUCGCUGCUUAUUCCUCGUGAGAGACUGGCGGUUCACCAGAAGAUUCAAGCGGAUGAAGAAUCACAGACUAUGGAAAAGGGAACCGAGUAUACAUCAUCUGGCGAGGGAUCGUCGCAGGUGGGUGAUGGAAAUGAACUCGAGAAGCAGCUUGUUCGGAAUACAUCUGUCUUCACAUGGAGCGACUUGACAUAUACCGUCAAGACGCCUUCUGGUCCACGGGUCCUCUUGGAUGAUGUGCGAGGAUGGGUGAAGCCUGGCACCUUAACGGCUCUCAUGGGCUCAUCAGGGGCGGGAAAAACAACACUCCUAGAUGUUCUUGCCCAAAGGAAGACCGAGGGGAAGAUUGAAGGGUCUAUCCUGGUCGACGGACACCCUCUUCCCAUAUCGUUCCAGCGUUCCGCUGCCUACGUUGAGCAACUCGAUGUGCACGAGCCCUACGCCACCGUUCGGGAGGCAUUGGAGUUCUCUGCGCUGCUUCGCCAAUCCCGUGAUACCCCAGCAGAAGAGAAAUUGCAGUACGUUGAUGUCGUGAUUGAUCUGCUCGAACUCCACGAUAUAGCAGACAGUCUGGUCGGCAAGCCAGGAACAGGGAACGGGCUCAACGUGGAGCAAAGAAAACGUCUUACCAUUGGCGUCGAGCUGGUCUCAAAGCCAAAGACGCUCAUCUUCCUAGACGAGCCAACGUCGGGCCUUGACGGACAAUCUGCCUUCAACACUGUUCGCUUUCUCAGAAAGCUGGCGGACGUCGGGCAGGCGGUGCUAGUUACCAUUCAUCAACCGUCAGCACAGCUAUUCUCGCAAUUCGACCGGCUUUUACUCCUCACGCGCGGUGGGAAAACGGUUUAUUUUGGCGACAUUGGCACUGGAUGCCAGACUAUGAAGGACUACUUCAGUCGGAACGGCGAGCCGUGUCCUGUCGGUACAAAUCCAGCGGAGCAUAUGAUAGAUGUUGUAUCUGGGCAUAAAUCCGAUAGAGACUGGGCUCGCAUCUGGCUCGAAUCGCCCGAGUGCGCAUCAGCAAAGACUGAACUGGAGGGUAUCAUUGGUACAGCACAGUCCAAGGGACCGCCUGCAGUUGACGAAGAUAGCUCUGAAUACGCAAUGCCCCUGCUAUACCAAACAAAGAUCGUCCUGCGGCGAAUGAACCUGGCCCUGUUCCGGAAUACGGGGUAUAUUAACAAUAAGCUUCUUCUGCAUAUUGGUCUCGGUCUAUUUAACGGUUUCACAUACUGGAAUAUCGGGGAGACAGUUAGCGAGCUGCAGCUGAAACUAUUCACCAUUUUCGUCUGGAUGUUUGUUGCACCGGGUGUGAUCAACCAACUCCAACCUCUCUUUAUCGAAAGGCGCAAUCUAUAUGACGCCCGGGAGAAGAAAUCACGAAUCUACUCCUGGAAGGCCUUCGUCGCCUCCCUCAUUAUCUCGGAAAUGCCAUACCUCUGCGUAUGCGCAGUUCUGUAUUUCGUCUGUUGGUACUUCACCGUAGGGUUCCCUUCAGACAGCAGCAAAGCCGGCGCGAGCUUCUUCGUGAUCUUCGCCUACGAAUUCCUAUACACGGGCAUCGGGCAGUUCAUCGCUGCAUAUGCGCCGAAUCCGGUCUUUGCAGCUAUUGUAAACCCGCUGAUCAUCGGCAUCAUGGUCUCGUUUUGCGGUAUUCUUGUGCCCUAUGUCCAGCUCGUCUCGUUCUAUAAAUAUUGGACGUACUGGAUCAACCCCAUGACGUACCUGGUUGGGGGUAUGCUCACGUUUACGAUAUUUGACGCGGACGUCAGAUGCACUGAUACCGAACUCGCGGUAUUCAACCCGCCUAGUAAUACGACAUGCAUCGACUAUCUAGGUGCGUACCUGGAGGAUUCAGGGGCGGAUUUGCUAAAUCCGGAUGCGUUGGCUGAGUGUCGGGUUUGUCCGUAUACAAGAGGCAGUGAUUACCUGCGGACUAUCAAUCUCAUGGACUGGUACUUUGGAUGGAGGGAUGCGGCGAUUGUCGUGAUCUUUAUCCUCAGUUCGUAUGCGCUUGUCUUUUUGUUUAUGGCAUUGAGGACGAAGUCUUCUAAGAAGGCGGAAUGAGAUAUUCAAAAAUAGAACCAUAGAAUACACUUAUAUUACAAGUAUUAAUAAUAGAAAUCAUCUAUUCAAGGUCCCG